AUGUGGAAAGCUUGGGUGGCGAUCUUGUCGGUCGCCUGCCUGGUCGAGGCUCAUAUCCGCUGUAAAAAUAUGAAAGGAGAAGAUGUUGACUGGUUUGUCGCAUUGAAAUUACCAGCCUCCAUCGAUCAAAACAAGGGGCAUAGCUUUGCCUACUUCGACUCUACCCAAAAUGGAUGGAUCAUGAGCGAGCAACCGAUAAACAGUACUGAAUCCGCGAUCGGUGCCACCGUCAAUCAGCUGUAUACCACCGACGACAAAACGACCUUUAAAAUCACCUAUAAUGAUGAAUGUCCAAAUGAAAAAGCGGACAGUGGACGCGGUCACAGCAAAGGUGUUGCUGUUUUCUCAAUUGAUAGCGGAUUUUGGCUGAUACAUAGCGUGCCUAAAUUUCCUCUUCCGAGUAAGUGGUUCUUUAUUCCUUCGAAUUGGACCCUUCAACAGACAGAGCCCGAUAAUCAGGGCACACAGUAUCCAAAAAUCUAUGGCGAAUAG